AUGGAGAAUUUUGGAUAUAAAGAAGGGUCAGCUAAGCCCAAACGCACCUGGAGUACUAAAACCACCAAACUAAAAAAUCAACAUGUUUCGAUCGCGCUUAAACCAAGGUUUUCUUUAACACCUGAUGUGACCGUUCACUGGCGUAAUGAUCCGGAAGCGGUACUGGCUGAAGAUUUCGAAUACAUGAAAAUUGGACCUUCACCUCCAGCCGAAAGUGCUCCAAAUAUGUUCGAUAACUAUGAGGAAUCAAAUGCGGAAUUCGGCUUCGAAGUGUCGACUGAAACAAUUCGAACAUCUCUCAUGGAACAAAUGAGACUCUCUUCAGGCCGAUUAAUGCUACUGGAAAAUAUUGCUCAAGGCAAUAUAGUUGCUUCUAAUUUGAAAGAAAUGUUUGAAGGUGCCACAAAAGCAGAGAAGAAUUUUAGUUUCUUGUUUGCGGCUUUUCUAAAACGUUGGGAUUUACUGGACGGUUUACUGGAUUCGGGAGCAGAGCUCCUAUUUUUCGAUAGCAAUGGAUUCACUGCUCUCCAUUUGAGUUCGUUUAGCGGAUGCUUAAAUUGCUCAAGUUUUCUAACGUACAAAGGAAUUGAUGUGAAUUUGCAACCAAGGGCAUUUACACCUCUACACUGUGCCGCGUUCGGGAAUUCAGUAGAGAUCGCUCGUUUUCUGAUUUCCAAGGGGGCAGGACUCAAUGUUGACACCAAGAAGCAAAAUUGCGAAGAAUCAUUAUUACACUGUGCCGUUAGAUCAAACUCUAUUGAUUGUGUGAAGCUUUUCAUCUCCGAAGGAAUGGAUGUUAAUUCCUUGAAACCAAGCGGCAUGAAUGCUAUCCAUUUGGCGGCAGAUUUAGGACACGUAGAAUGUUUGAAAAUUCUGCUUGAUACUCCAACAGCAGAUACAAACAUACGGAUCGGUAUUCGAGAAAAAGAAUCCACUGCUCUUCAUUUAGCUGCAGAUGAAGGGAAUGUAGAAUGUGUUGGUCUGUUGCUAUCGAGAGGGGCCAAUGCGAAAUUGAAGAAUCAUCGUGGUUUUACACCAUUACACUUGGCUGCAAGAACAACGAGUUUGGAAUGCGUUGAAUUACUUUUGCGUGUUGGAAAUGCCGAUCCCAAUGCAGAAGACUUUGACUUGCGUACACCACUUCAUACUGCUAUAGGAAAGUCUGACGCUGCCUUCGACAUUAUUGAGACACUAAUUUGCUGGGGAUCAGACAUAAAUCGUAAGGAUGUAUUUGGUUUCACACCACUGCAUUUGGCCGCAUUAGACGGUCUCGCUCAUUGUGUUGAAAUUUUAAUCUAUAACGACGCAGAUGUCACGACCAAAUCGAAAAAAGGUACUACUGCCCUAAAUGUGAUAACUAGAAAGACACCGUCUUCAUUAGCCAUGAUUGGUAGGAAAUUUGAUGAUGCAAUGACAUUGAUUCACUCACAAGAUCCAUCUGAUAAGGAAGUAGUGUUAGAACUCGAUUUUCGAAGCAUUUUACAGCAUUGUUAUCCCAGAGAAAUUGGUUAUUUAAAUACUCUAGUAGACGAAGGACAGAAGGAAAUUCUACAACACCCACUAUGCUCUGCAUUCCUUUACAUCAAAUGGGGAAAAAUUCGCAAAUAUUAUAUUGCUCGUUUGCUUUUUUGUUUUAUAUUUAUCCUAUUCCUCACAUUAUAUGUGCUAACCGCGCUAGCCCAUAAUUGUUACAACGGUAGCAAGGAUAUGGAGGAAACUAUCCAAGAACAAGAGCUAUGUCAGAAACAAUCAAUUUUAGGUAACAUGCUACGGAACAACCCAUUCGUAAUGGAAAUGCAGUGGAUGGUAUUAGUUGCUAUAACCUUCGUAGAAAUUUGUCGCAAAUUAUACGGGAUGACAGGUUAUUCAUCUGUUCGGCGUUAUAUCACACAGAUGGAAAAUGUUACAGAAUGGUUUAUAAUAGUCAGCGUAUUUGUUAUUUCUUACAUUUAUACGAAAAGGACAUACACCUGGCAAAACCACAUCGGAGCGUUUGCGGUCCUGUUGGGUUGGACACACCUAAUGGUCAUGAUUGGACAAUUGCCUGUAUUCGGGGCGUACGUAGCCAUGUACACUAAAGUGCAAGUAGAAUUCGCCAAAUUGUUUAUAGCUUAUUCUUGCAUGUUGGUUGGCUUUACAAUAAGUUUCUGCGUGAUUUUUCCAUCAUCAUCAUCAUUUGAAAAUCCUUUCAUGGGCUUCAUCACAGUUUUAGUAAUGAUGGUAGGAGAAUUAGACUUAGAAUUAUUAAUCAAUGAUCCCGAUGGUAAAGAUCCGCCGUUUAUGCUCGAAUUAAGUGCCCAGGUUACCUUCGUGUUAUUCCUGUUGUUUGUCACAGUUAUACUAAUGAAUCUUUUAGUUGGCAUUGCUGUUGAUGAUAUACAGGCGUUGAAAAAAACUGCAACUCUAUCGAAGUUGGUAGGACAAACCAAACUAAUAUCCUACAUAGAAUCAGCCUUGUUCAACGGUUGGCUACCUAAUUGGUUACGCAGCCUCCUGCACUACACUGCGUUAGUAUCUCCUCAAGCAUAUCGAGUUAUAUUAAGUGUAAAACCAUUGAAUCCAGAAGAAAAGCGGCUUCCAAGAACGAUAAUGAUGGCAGCUUACGAAGUGGCAAAGUUGAAGAAACAACCAACUACUACAACGAGCAAUCUACAUACUACGGAUAAAUAUCGCUUUCAAAAUUUCACCUCUGCUUCUAAUAAUUAUCAAACCAACGGUAAUCAGCCAAUGGAACGUAUAUUAGAGUCAGAUUAUGGUUUUGAAACCGCUAGUCUAUGCACAUUGACAAAUAAAAUCGACGAAAGCUCCGAAAAAUUAGAUGAACUUUCUAAAGAGCUAUUUGAAUUAAAGACAGUUCUCAAAUAUAACCAAGUGUUGGUAGACAAAAUAUCCAAAAUUUUACUUAAAUAA